AUGGUCAUCAAAUAUGCGUUCUUUACUUUUCCGUUCCUCUGUUCUGCCUUGGCAUAUAAUAAAGUUGCCGCCGAUACCUGUGGAGCGGUUGGGAAUCGGAGUGACAUUCUGAUCAGGCGUUCGCUCGCCCCCGAAUACAUCGAAGAACAGGAUAACUACUGGUCCACAGGAUGUGGUGCUAUGAAGCCAUCAUGCAUUCUGUAUCCAUCUUCCGCCGAGGAGGUCGCAGCGAUUGUCCGGGUACUGAACGAGAAUAAAGAACCGUUUGUUGUCAAAUCUGGCGGUCACAAUCCGAAUAGGGGUUUCGCAAGCAUCGCCAACGGUCCCCUCAUCUCUACGAAGUACUUGAACGAAGUCACCUUCAAUCCGGACUCAAUGACUGUCCGUAUCGGGCCGGGUAACGACUGGGACGAAGUGCAAGCAGUAUUGCAAAAGUCUGGGGUCGCAGCCGUGGGUGGUAGGAUUGGCGGAGUGGGUGUUGGCGGCUACAUGCUUGGUGGGGGACUCAGCUUUAUGUCGACAGAAUACGGUUGGGCUGCCAACAAUGUUGUCGAGUUCGAGGUUGUGCUUGCGAAUGCGAGCAUUGUCACGGCUUCAAAAGAUUCACACCCCGAUCUCUUCAAGGCGUUGAAAGGGGGCGGCAACAACUAUGGCGUUGUAACCGCUUUCACCGUGCUUGCGCAUCCGCAAGGCCAGAUUUGGGGUGGGAAUCUGAUGUUCACUGCCAAUCAGACGCCAGCGCUUCUAACCGCCAUACGUGAGUUCACGGAAAAUUACCCAGACGAAAAGGCCGCGAUCAUCAUGACAACUCAGCUCUCCGCCGUCGGGGCUAUCGACAUGUGGCUCAUGUUCCUCUUUUAUGAUGGACCUACUCCUCCGCCGGGCACAUUCGAUGUGUUCACCAAUAUCGGUCCCAUCCUCAACAACUGCAAGACGCGCGACUACGACGAACUCCUUACGUACAACAAUUUUGGUAUCGUCAAGGGUUCCGUCUACACGAUCACUACCGAAACCACGCCCGUACCUCCUUCCGAGCAUGGUGCGGAAGUGCUCGGAGCUUAUUACAACCACUGGCGGAAUAUCACGGAGGGCCUUUUGGCUGUUCCUGGAUUCCUCGGCGCCAUGGCACUUCAGCCUAUUCCCAAGAGGCUUGCUCGUAAAGCGAAAGAGAUGGGCGGUGAUCUUCUCGAUUUGGACGACGAUGUGGAUCGCCUCAUCAUCGAGGUCAACUACUCGUACCUCUCCGCCAGUGACGACAAGAAGAUUGACAAGGCCUUGCAGAAGUUCUACAAAGGCACCGGAGAUCUCAUCAGGAGAUUCCAGAAGAACGGAAAGCUACCCAAAGCAUACCUGCCUCUCUUCGCAAACGAUGGCUAUUACAGGCAGGACUAUUUCGGGCGACUGAGGACUGCAGACUUUGCCCGCAGGGUACGUGAUCGUUACGAUCCAGAAGGCUUCUUCGCAACCAGGACAGGAGGCUUCAAGUUGUGA